CGGGCUGAGCGGCUGAUUAAGUUGGAUCUAAAGCACUUGUGUAGACCUUGGUUCUGUCCAUCGUGUCGACAACGCCACGUGGAGUAUUUCGAAGUCACAGAGGAGAGAGCAAAAGCGAUCGUAGAGAGGUGGACUGACUGGAUCAAUGGCAAUCAGCCCUACAGUUCGGAUGGGAACAUCACUCCGUUAUGGAAUCAUUUGAUCCUGUUCGGCAGAAGACCUAAUCAACCGAUGAGAACUUAUGAUCAUGAAGCCCGAUGGGCCCACUGGAGUUGGGUAUUAUCCUCGCCCUCA